GGGUGACGGGGCCGUUGGACACCGGGUAGCUUGUCAAAUGAAAUUCUCGCAGUCGUUGAGUCAUUUCUCUCAUAUUGGUCACCUUUUACCACGGAGGACGAGGCUCGAUAGACGAACACACCGGCAGAAAUGUCGUACUGCAGGCAAGAGGGUAAAGAUCGCAUCAUAUUUGUGACCAAGGAAGACCAUGAGAUACCUAGCAACGCUGAGCUCAUUGCAGAAGACCCGGAUGAUCCAUAUGAGGAACAGGGUCUGAUCCUGCCAAAUGGAGACAUCAACUGGAACUGCCCGUGUCUGGGCGGCAUGGCCAGCGGACCAUGUGGUUCUCAGUUCAAGGAGGCCUUCUCCUGCUUUCACUACAGUAAGGAAGAGGUGAAGGGCUCAGAGUGCAUCGACAACUUCCGUAACAUGCAGGAGUGCAUGCAGAGGUACCCUGAGCUCUAUCCUCAGGAGGAAGAUAAAGAGAGCUCCCCCGAAGCAGAGUCCAACUCUGGUUCUGGCUCUGCCUUACUCCCUGAAAGUGACUCUACCUCAGCCACUUCAACACCUGAGGCCACUGCCUCAUCUGACAGCACAUCACCUACAGACAACCAGACUGCCAGCUAAACUCAAUCAUUUGUCAUCCAGGUUCUUGUUCUCUGAGUGCAAGCACUGCCCUGCGUAAAUGACUAUCCACGAGGACCUCUGAUUGGUCUCCUGUCCUGUUUAAGUGUACAUAGAGGGUUGACUGACAUAGCCCUGACCCUCAUGGACAAGGACUUUGUAAAUGCAGAGAAAUCUAGUACAAAAGUAUAGGCUGCUUUGUUUGCUGAACACUCAAAAAUCAUUGAUGAAUAUGAUUUAAUGACGAGCUAUGGGCUGCAGGGACAUUAGCUGAAAGACUCACUUUAUAUGCAAUAGGAAUUUAAUUUAAUUUGCGUGUUCUCAUGUCAAGCAGGAGAGUUGCUUGACAGCAUACUAUGUGUGUUGUCCUUUUAAUAUCAACGUGUCAGGAAUAUCACUUAGCACUGAUUUACCACUAAUAAUUACAUUUGAUAAAAAUAUUAGGAUUUACCUUAACUCAGUUCUGACUUGUGUCAGCAGUUGAAUCCUUUUGGUUUGUAUCACUCAAAAGACCAAAACACAGAUCAUUCAUUAGAGAACAAAGCUGCUGUUACAUUGUCUGUUCAGUGAACUUCACAGUGGUAGUAACAGAUGCUUCUGUGUUUGUUGACAUCUUGUGUCUCUCUGAUGUCGUAUGAACAAUGGUCGUCACUCUAGUUAACUGACUCUGUAUUUGACCCAGAACAAAGUGGUUCGUCACCUUUAACUGUCACUGCAUAAAUGUUUUUGCUGUCUUAACACUGUCUACACUUUGAUGCUGUGGUCACCAUUCAGUGUCAUUUAGGCCUUAAAAGACUUGAUGGGUUUUUCUCAAACCAGUGUCCAGAAAUGUCCAGAUUAAAAUGAUGGUCGAACAG